GGAGAUGGCGCGGCGCGACCCAAUUGCCUGCCUCUUUGGUCCCCCACGUCGGGCUUCCGUGCUGCGAGCCGGGCUGUCUUAGCCAGCUCGGUCGGCACGGCGAAGAGGAGAGAGGGAGGAGGAGGAGGAGGAGGACGAGGGAGGAGGAGGGAGGCUGCUGGGCACGAGGGACGCUACAGGGCGUUCGCGACGGACUCCCGCUGCAGGAGGUGUCCCUGCAGCUGGUGGACCCGGAGCCGCUCCUCCUCCACCUCGACCUCCAGCAUCUCCACGCGCUUCUCCCCCUCCUGCCUCGUCGUCCAGCUCCGCCAGUUCCGCCUCCGCCUGUCCCACCUCCGCCUCCAGCUGCCGGGCCCCCGCGAUGGCCCGCUGCAUUCCGCGGACAGCCCCGCGCCGCCGCUGCGGCCACCC